AUGAAAGAGCUAGGCGAUAUAUCUUAUUUCCUUGGUAUUUCAAUUGAAGCCUCUGGUUCUGCUUAUAUUCUUUCCAAUAAAAAGUAUGCUCAAGAAAUUCUUAAUAAAGUUGGCAUGUUGGAUUGCAAAUCUUGCUCUUCUCCUAUCUCUGUUAAACUUGGUCUGCCUCCUAAUUCAGAUGUGCUCUUUGACAAUCCAUCAUUCUAUCGAAGUAUAGUUGGUGUCUUACAGUAUUUGACAAUCACAAGGCCUGACCUGUCUUAUGCAGUUAACCAGCUCUGUCAGCAUAUGCAUAUCCCCACUAUUGGUCAUUUUGCUGGUGUCAAGAGAUUACUAAGAUUUGUUAAGGGCACUAUCACUCAUGGUCUUACUUAUACACCCAGCUUAUUUGAUCUUCAAGCUUAUUCAGAUUCUAAUUGGGCCAGAGAUUCAGUUGACAAAAAAUCCACAUCAGUUAAAAAGGAGGCCACUAUGUCCAAAUCCUCUACUGAAGCAGAGUAUAGGUCUUUGGCUCAUAUUACUGUCGAACUUGCUUGGAUUGUUUUCUAUUCCAAAUCUAAGCAUAUUGAAGUGGAUUGCCAUUAUGUUCAAGAUCAAGUAUUUGCUAAAAAGCUUGUUUUGCACUCUAUUCCCACCAUUGAUCAGUUGGUAAAUAUUUUUACCAAGCCAUUGUUUGUGUCUAGAUUUUCUUAUCUCAAAGACAAGUUGAUGGCUGUUCCUCCUUCCAUCAGCUUGAGGGGGAAUGUUGAGAACCACAGCUUAGAUCGGCUCAGACUGCAACCUAAGAUGCAGAUCAAGCCCAACUCAACUGAGCUACAAACCAUACCAAUUCAUAGCACAUAG